AUGGAUUCGUUUAGUGAGAAUUCUGAGAAUAGCAUUUUGGUAUUUAUCGCUGAUGGAAGGUUUCAUCUUGAGGCGAUCAUGAUAGCUAAUCCUGAGAUUAAGGCUUUUAGGUAUGACCCUUACAUUGGGAAGUUGUUUCUGGAAGAGUAUGAUCACUUGGGAAUGAAGGAAUCUAGGAAGCAAGGGAACCCUAAGAUUCUGGAGAGAUUGGAAAAGAAUAUGAAGGAAAAAGGGUUCCUUUACACUGUUUUCUUGAUGUCUGAGAUUAGCCCUGCAAGGAUUGCAUUGUUUGAGGACUCUGUGGAUGCUUGGAUUCAGAUUGUUCAUCCUCGGUUAUCGAUUGAUUGGAGUGAUACUUUUGGGAAACCAGUGCUCAAUCCCUUUGAGGCAGAGAUCACAUUUGGGGUGAUACUUGGCUGGUGGGAGAAGAAGAAAAAUGUGUUGGUGGCAAAGGUGCAGGAAGGUUGUGAAGAUGGUGGUGUAAGUUGCCAGAAGAGUGGUGAUUCUUCCUGUGAGUGUAGCUGUGGAGAAGAUGAUAAUGGAAAUCGAAAGAGCGAUUUUGGUGGUGAAUAUCCAAUAGACUAUUAUUCUCAUGAUGGUGGGGAGUGGAAUUCCUCUUAUGUGAAGAAGUCCUCUCGUCCUGUAAGGAGAAUUUCUGUAUCUUUGGUUGCUACUAGUGCUAUUUAUCAGCAGUUUUAA